CAUCUCUGGCAGAAUGAAUGCCCUUGAUGGUGUCCCCUUCAAGGUGCCCAAGGGCUUUGUGAUGGACACAGAGCCCCACCCUGCUCCAGAGUUCAGUGUCCGGGACUGUAGAGAGCUUCUGCUGGGCUCCAUGCAUGACUUCAGCCUGGAAAGGAAGGCUCUCUUCUGGGUGGAAGCACUCAUCCGAGGUCCUUCUCCCAACCAAUGCAAUGACCUGGGAAUUGCAUCAGCUCCCCCAGCCUGGCUCUUACUAGUCAGUCCAAAAGACAGUCUGGUGCCUGCACCCGCUGAAGUCCGAGGCCCAGAAGCUGAACUACAAGAACCUCCUGAAGAGGAAGAAGGGGAGGAGGAAGAAGAAGUAGGGGAGAAGAGGGACGAGGAAGAUGCCUCCUCUGCCAGUGAGGAGGAGAUGAACUCCAGCAGCCCUCAGCCCAGCUCCCCUGCAGGUCAUCGACGCUGCUCCCUGAAUGUGCUGAGAAACAUGAGGUCUGAGCUGUCUGGUGCCCGGCGACGGCUCUCAGAGAGCAGACUAGCCACGUGUCCACGAGCCCUUCUGCACCGCUUCCGAGGCCACCGCACUUUGAGCCUGAGUGCCAGCCCAGCGCCAGCCCCUGGUCCAGCUCCGCAGCCCCCCAGCAUCCCCGAGCUGCCUCCACGACCCUCCACUGCUGGCACCAUGCCUCCACUGCGGAGCCACAAGCCCACUGACGCUUCUCUCAGCCCAUACACCUGCUUGCCACCUCUUAGUGGGACACCCCAGCCCCUUGGCUCCUAUAGAUUGCAUCCUGAUUCAGCAACUGACCUGCUGUCUGCCCUGACCAAAGAGGAGCAAGACCUCAUUGGACCAGUGGUUGCUUUGGGCUAUCCCCUGGGAAGGGCCAUUGUGGCUCUGCAGAAGACAGGAAGGCGGAGCCUGAGCCAGUUUCUCAGCUACCUCAGUGCCUGUGAGAGGCUGCUGCGGCAGGGCUACGAUGAAGCCCUCGUGGAUGAGGCCAUGGAGAUGUUCCAGUUCUCUGAGCACAAGGCAGGGGAGUUCUUGCGUCUCUGGCAGCAAUUCAGUGACAUGGGCUUCCAGCAAGACCGGAUCAAGGAGGUGCUGCUAGUCCACGACAAUCGGCGUGAACAAGCCUUGGAGGAGCUGGUUGCCUGUGCCCAAUGA